GGUCAUAAUCAUGACACAUCUUCAACAUAGGAAAAAGCUUCCCCUUGGAAGCGUUUUACUUGCUAACUUCGGGCAGACCCUGGCCCCUUCCCGCGGUUAGCGCUUGGAGAAGUAUUUAUAAAGCCGCUGGUCUCAGCCAGCAGAUUGUCAGGCGGCGCGCGUGUGCCAAAAGAGACCUAACGUUUAGCUAGCGGUCUCGCUCAGGAGCUCGCUUAAAGAGAGCCUCGCAGGCUAGCGCGCGCUAACGCCAGCUAGCCGAGGAGACGUGACGUUUAGCGUUGGAGAGGUAACCUACAUUCAUCGAAGACACGGGCUUUGAGGGACAUUACCAAGUAGAUACACGGGUACAGCAAGCCUGCAGAGACACUGAAGAGAAUUUCCAGGAUACAGACAAGGAACAUGUCCUUCCUGUGGCUUCCCAUGAAUCUCACCUGGAGUGGAAGGGUGUUUUGAGAAGGGAGACUGCAAAAGGAACACAAGGAGACCCUUAAGAAUCAUGAAUCUCCAUCAGGUCCUCACAGGAGCUGUCAAUCCUGGAGACAAUUGUUUUUCUGUAGGGAGUGUCAACAAUGUGCCAUUCACGGCCUAUGCAUCGGGUUGUGACGUGGUGAUUUUGGGCAGCGACUUUGAGCGACUGCAGAUCAUCCCCGGGGCCAAACAUGGCAACAUCCAGGUCUGCUGUGUCGACUGCUCGCUGCAGGGUGGAAAGAUUGCAGCUUCCUAUGGAAGCAUUGUGUGCAUCUUUGAGCCUGUUCACAAUCCACACCAGAAAGACACUGCUCUGACUAAGUUGAACUGCCAAUGGCAAAAGACUGGUCAAUUUCUUUUGAAGUCCAUGGUACACAACCUGGCCUGGCACCCCACAGGCAGUACGCUCUUAACAGGCUCUAGUAGCCUCCAGUUAUGGUCUAAUGUUGCUGGAGUGAAAGAUGAAGCUGAAGUGGGAGCGCAGACAGAAAUGACCAUGGGGGAGUCUCAUUCUGCCUGGAGGUGCAUCUGGCAGAGCAAGAUCGCAUCUCAAGUCAGUUUAAUGAAGUUCUCUCCCGAUGGGGAAUUCUUUGCUACUGCUGGUCAAGAUGACUGCCUAGUAAAGAUCUGGUACAACACCAGUAAGUGGAAGUUGGGUGUUUCCAGACUCUUCACCCCUCUAGAACCAUGUGACGAGGGAGAGCUGGCCUUUUCCUUCGUCUACCUGGCCCAUCCCCGUUCGGUUACUGGCUUCUCAUGGAGGAAGACCAGCAAGUACAUGCCACGAGGCACGGUGUGUAACGUUCUGCUCACCUGCUGUAAGGACAGUGUGUGUCGACUUUGGGCAGAGACUCUUCUGCCGGGUGACGGCCUUCUGUCUGGUUACCAUAACAACCACGCUUCUGCCCAACACGGUGACACUCCCGGAUGUGCUGGCAACACCUGCAAUGGGAAGCUUCACAGAACAGCACAAGAAGUUAGCUACUCUAAUUUGAACGUUCAAGAAGCAUUGCAUGGCUCCUUUUACCGGGACAUCCUUCAGCCCUCUAUGACUGGUUGUCUGCCUCACAAUCAGAGCGGGCACUACAGCCACAAGAGGAGCCGCAACAACGCACCCCAUGCCAACGCUCUCUGCCACUUCCACAUUGCUGCCAGCAUCAACCCCGCCACAGACAUUCCACUGCUGCCCUCCAUCUCCUCUCUGAGUUCUGUGGAUGACGAAGAACCUGGAGGUCCGUUUACUGUCCACUGGCUCAACAACAAGGAGCUUCACUUCACCUUAGCUAUGGAUGUCUUCAUGCAGCAGCUCAGAGGCAGCCUGGAGCAACAGGACGAAUGCUCCCAUGAAGUGCCCGAUGAUGAGGACAACUUUGAAGAAGAUAACAAUUGCAGGCCAAGUGACUCACAGGCACCUGAGGCUGCGGAGCUUCCCCUGGCAGCAGUGAAGCACCAGGUGGACGUGCUGUUAGAAGAGUGGAAUAAAGGGGCAGACAUGUUGUUCAGUAUCCAUCCCAUGGACGGCUCUCUUUUGGUCUGGCACGUCGACUGGUUGGAUGAGUACCAGCCAGGCAUGUUCAGACAAGCUCAGGUGUCGUUUGUGUCCCGUAUACCGGUAGCGUUCCCUACAGGCGAUGCCAUCUCCUUGAGCCACAGUGUGGUUAUGUAUGCCUGCAACAAGAACGUUGAUCUGGCCAUCCAGCACGGCCGACAGCGGCCACCCGGGAGCGCAUUGCCUCAAACCAAAUCUGCUCUUAUAAGCUACAGCGGUCAUGGGAAAGCCGCACCCAGCAGUAGUCUUCGACUAAGCAUUUUCACCCCAAACGUCCUCAUGAUUUCCAAACACGCCGAUGGCUCCCUCAACCAGUGGGCGGUUGGCUUUGCAGAGGACUCCGCUUUCUCCACUGUGCUCAGCGUCUCCCACAAGUCACGGUACUGUGGCCACCGCUUCCACCUGAAUGACCUGGCCUGUCACUCAUUGCUGCCUCUGCUCCUGACCACCUCGCACCACAACGCCUUGAGGACGCCGGAGGCAGACAGCAUCCUGGCUCCUCCGGACGCUUACUCCUGUGGUUUCGCCCAUCCAGCAUUUCUUCCCCGGGGGUCUCGACCCGGCCGGGGGACCCUGGGUGCGGUGUCCCAGGAUCCCAAUGCAAUCUACAGUGAACUGAUUUUAUGGAGAGUGGACCCUGUCGGCCCUCUGUCUCUGUCUGGCGGGGUCUCCGAGUUAGCUCGCAUCAAUUCCCUCCAUGCAUCAGCAUUUGCUCAAGUAGCCUGGCUGCCCACAUUCAUUCCCAGCAGCUGUUUAGGUGUUUAUUGUAACUCUCCCAGUGCCUGUUUUGUGGCGAGUGACGGCCACUCACUCAGGCUGUAUCAGGCUGUUAUUGAAGCGAAGAAACUACUGAGUGAGCUCUCCAAUCCGGAGAUAUCAAAAUAUGUUGGGGAGGUCUUUAACAUCAUCAGUCAGCAAUCCACAGCAAAACCAGGGUGUAUUAUUGAGCUGGAUACCAUUACUGACUUUCAGGGUAAGGAGACGCAGCUCUUGCAUGUUUUUGAGGAGGAUCUGAUCCUCGGCAGUGAGCGAACGGAGAGCCCUCAGCCAACUUCUGAUCCACUUCACACUGCCUCAAGUCAGGCGACGUUCUCGGUGCGUUUUUUUCUCGUCGUGGUCGAAUUGACCCCAACGGGUCGCUCGCUCCUCCACAUGUGGCAUCUCCAUCUUGCCGCGAGACCUAUCACCAUGGAAGAGACAACUAAGGAGAUGGAUGCAACCUCAACUUCUAUGAACAGCUCUACCUUUAGUUUUGACACGUUCAGUUCUCCAGCAGCUCAGAAGAGUAAACCCUGCACUUCCAAUCUGCAAAGUGCCUGCCGCCUCAGCCUCACAACACACAGGCUGUACAGCCAUGAGAUGACUCUGCCUGAAGGGGUGGAAGCCAUUAGUGUUACACCCUCAGCAGGUCACCUGAGCGCGUCGUGUUCUCUGCCAGUUGAUCGUGUGCCCUACCUCCUCGCCACUUCCUGUUCUGAUGGAAAGGUGCGGUUCUGGAGGUGUAACGUUAUUGCAACAGAUCCCUCUAGUAUGGACAGCUUGGUUUACCAUUGGGAGGAGUGGCCUUUACUGGUGGAGGAGAACCUUCCUAACAGUAGCGCGGUAACCGUGCAAGGUCGUCCCAUACAGGUCAGCUGCUGCCAUUCUGGACGGAUUGCAGUUGCCUACAAGGAGACGGCCAGCCCGCUUCUUAACGCUACGCCUUAUCUGACCUCUCACCAACUAUUGAGUUCUCCUCCUACCCUGGCCUCCUCGCCUUAUGUGCACAACAACACAAACGCCCAUCUGCCCCCGACGCUGACUGUACAGCGUAGCCCAAAUCUCCCUCCAAGCCCCAAAGCAGCAAACACUAGGGAGCCAUUGGUCCACAUCGGCAUCUUCCAGUGCGAGUCCACAGGUGGUUCCCAGUGGCAUCUAGAACAAACCAUAGUCCUGGACAGCGCAGACCCCACAAUCGGUAGCGCCAAUAUUCCAGGUAACAUGGACGUCCCUGGGCCUAACGAGGACUGCCUUGGUUCAACCAGUAAGAGCCUGGUUCAUUUGGACUGGGUCUCCCAAGAAGACGGGUCACAUGUUCUGACUGUUGGUAUUGGGACAAAGAUAUAUAUGUACGCCCGUCUCUCCGGGAAGCCUCCAGAACUCGGGUUGAUAUCUGAUGCCAGCAGAGAACAGAUCUCUUCACGCAUGGUCUUAAUUCGUUCAGUCAAUCUGGUCUCCUCUGUCGAAGGCUCGUUACCUAUUCCUGUCUCCCUCUCCUGGGUAAGAGACGGCAUCUUGGUUGUCGGCAUGGAUUGUGAAAUGCACGUCUACUCCCAGUGGCAGCCCCCAGCGCCAUCCAGACCCAAUGCCCCGAUUGCUCAGGACACAGACAUCAGCAGCAGUCUCUCCUCUAUUAUCUCGGCCAUCAGGCACAGCCAGGAGGAUCCCAGCUCCGGGGCCGCCAUGUCUUCUCUCGCCCCCCCCAAAAGGGCCUUGACGAGAUCAAUGAUGAGCCUAGCUCAGAAACUUAGUGGGAAGAGAACAGCUUAUGACCUGCCCGUCGAGAUGGAGGAUUCUGGGCUUUUUGAAGCAGCUCACCAACUCUUUCCCACUCUGCCUCAGUACCACCCUGUACAGUUACUGGAGCUCAUGGAUCUAGGGAAAGUUCACCGUGCCAAAGCCAUCCUGUCCCACCUGGUGAAAUGCAUUGCUGGAGAAAUUGUGGCGCUGAAAGACAGUACCACAAAUCAUGAGAAACGUGUGCGCUCUCGAACAAUCAGUGCUGGAGGAAGCACAGCCAGGGAUCGAAAGAUGUUCACUAAAGCCGAGAACUCCAUUCCUGACUACACUGAGAUAAGCUCCAUCCCCCCCCUGCCCCUGUAUGCCCUGCUGGCAGCCGAUGAGGAUACAUCACCAAAACCUGAUAAUGUGAGCAGUGUCGGGGGAGAUAGUGGACAUAGUUCCAGUCACACUGAUGUUUAUGACGAGCUCUUUCAUACACCUACCAUCGGGGACCUGGACCCCCUGGACGACGAUCAAGAGGAAACCGGGAACAAGGUUAUUGACCUGUCCCAGUACAGUCCCACAUUCUUUGGUCCAGAACAUGCUCAGGUUCUGUCCAGUCACCUGCUUGAUUCCAGUUUGCCGGGCUUAACCCGUAUGGAGCAGAUGUCUCUCAUGGCUCUGGCGGACACCAUCGCUACCACAAGCACUGAUCUCAAGGACAGCCAGGGCAAAAGCAAAGGUGGAGAAACUCUGGACGAGUGUGGUCUGAAGUUCCUGCUGGCCGUUAGACUCCACACUUUCCUCUCUACCUCUGUCCCUCCAGCACACCGAGCACAGCUGCUGAGGCAAGGUCUGUCAACAUGUCACUACGCCUGGGCUUUCCACUCUGAGGCCGAGGAGGAGCUGCUGAACAUGCUGCCCGCACUACAGAAGGGAGAGCCAACCUGGCCUGAGGUGCGCUCCAUGGGCGUGGGCUGGUGGCUCCGCAGCACCAACAAGUUACGCAGGUGUAUCGAGAAGGUUGCCAAGACGUCUUUACAAAAAAACAAUGAUCCUCUGGAUGCAGCUAUAUUUUACCUCGCAAUGAAGAAGAAAGCAGUGGUCUGGGGGUUGUACAGGUCUCAGAAGAAUGCCAAAAUGACAGAAUUUUUCCGCAACAACUUCAGUGAGGACCGGUGGCGGAAAGCGGCAUUGAAAAAUGCGUUUUCUCUGUUGGGAAAGCAGCGGUUCCAGCAUUCUGCAGCCUUCUUCCUUCUAGCCGGCUCCCUUAAGGAUGCAGUGGAGGUGUGUAUAGAGAAAAUGCAGGACCUACAGCUUGCGCUGGUGAUCUCCAGAUUGUACGAGUCAGAGUUUGAGAUGACAUCCACCUACAAAAAGAUCCUUCAGAGACAUGUUCUGGGACAGGACAAACAGAUUCAAGCCCACCAGGACCCGUUCCUGCGCAGCAUGGCUCACUGGGUCCUGGAGGACUACAGCAAAGCCCUAGACACUCUAUUGGAGCACCCAGCAAAGGGCACCAGAUCCGGCUCCAAUGGGACCCAAUGUGAUGCAGGUUAUUCUGCUGUAACUACAUGUAACCCAGAGGUUUUCAACUUUUAUACCUACCUUCGGACCCACCCACUCCUCCUCCGUCGCCAUUUCGGCUCCUCGGACAAGGCUAUGGUUGGACUGACGGCCGAGGGGCGCAGGGCCGACUCCAUUAGCCUGGAAGAGAGGACGCUGUUUUUCACAGCCGCGUAUGCACAUCUGCACUCCGGCUGCCCCAUGCUAGCCCUGGAAGUCCUUUCCAAGAUGCCCAAAGUCCGGAAGCAUUCUGAGCUGCCCAACCAGGGCGACGCAGGCGCGGCGGCUGAGCUGAGUGCUGGGAGCAAAAACGGAGAAACCUCGAACCAGGGAUGGUCCCAGCAGACUCUGAACGGCUACGAGUCCGACGAGCACGGCUUAUCCAACAGCCGGUCAGAUUCAGUGUUGAGUUUCGACUGGAGCCAGCAGUCAAUGACGCACGCGGAUGAGCCACUGGAGCUGAAGUGGGACAGUGACAAAGAUGGAGAAGAAGACGAUGUAGAUGAAGAAGAAACAAAAAAUGUGGACAGCAGUAAUAUGUUCCAGAACACUGAGGAUGCCACGUCGCCGCUGGGGGAGGCGGUGAUGGGGGAGGUCAGGGAGGACUCCAAUGACUUCCUUCCUCCAUCUAAUGACAUCUUAGCGGCUCAGCUGAAGUUUACAGCCUGCUUGAAGAUUAUGACCAAUGAGCUACGAACGCUUUCAACCGGUUAUGAACUGGAUGGCGGCAAGCUGCGUUGCCAGCUCUACCAGUGGUUGGAGAGAGAGGUGGUGGCUCUCCAGCGUUGCUGCAGCUACAAGCCGUGCUUGCCAGAGCUGUCUUUCCAGGGUGAAGCCCCCGUAUCUGGGUUGGUGGAGGAGGAACAGCCCGGGAGUUCUCAUGGUGACAGCCAGCGGAGCAGGAGACACUGGCUGCAGAGUAACCAGCCCCUACUGAGGAUGUUCCUUAGCUACUGCAGCCUGCAUGGCUCCCACGGUGGAGGACUUGCCUCUGUACGCAUGGAGCUCAUUUUACUGCUUCAAGAGUCUCACCAGGAUGACUCUACCCAGCCGGCGGUGAUUCCGUGUGGUCAGCCAACUUCUAUCCCUCUCCUGAUGGCGUGCACCUCCAACGUAAAGACGGUGGUCGCCAAUCCCAUUGUCUACCUGACCAACCUGGCUCACGACAUUUUGAAGACCAUCAAUUCGCUCGACUCUCCUCCACAUCCGGAUGUGGUCAACAAUGAGAUCUACGUGAUGCACACAUUGGCUGCCUCCUUGUCAGCCUGUAUAUAUCAGUGUCUGUGUGAUGGACACACCCACAGCCAUGUGAACCAAUUCACAGGAAUCGUGUAUCAGAGUGUGUUGCUGUCUCUGAAGCAGCCGCUCAGAACUUUCAGUAUGGAUGAGUCCGUUCAGCCCAACACCUCCCCUGCACAGUGGCCAGGCAUCGCCUCUCUGAUUCGUCUGUUGAGCUCAGCAGGCGAGGAGAGCCAACCGGGGUUAACCGUGCUGCUCUGCGAGAUCCUGACUGCUGUCUUCCUCAGUCUGUUUGUUCACGGCAUGGCCACUCACUCCAGCAACGAGCUGUUCCACAUUGGGGCCCACCCGCUCAAUGGCAAGCUCUGGGUGGUGGUGUUCGGAGGGGGCGCCCGGACCCCCGUCAUCGGGAAACCCAACAGCCCAAUGAAAACCCCCCCACCAGCCUCACCAAGCAGCACAGACAGGAAGUCCAGACGGUUCAGGUUCCUGUCGUCCCGCAGUGGAUCCAGGGAAGAGUCUGGGAUCGAGCACCCAUCCAGCCCUAAGCACGGCCCUGUCGUGGAACAAGAAGCUGCCUCCAUCUUUAAAGAACGAUUCGUCCCUCCGGAGCUCAGCAUUUGGGAUUACUUUAUCGCCAAGCCCUUGCUGCCACCAUCAGAAGACAGAAUUGAAUAUGACUCGGAGGAGAGCCAAGGUAGUCAAGAUGAAGAGGAAGAUGACGAUGAAUAUGAAGAUGUGUUGGACCCCAACUCUCCGCAAAGAGAGCAUUCGAAUCACAAUUCCUACAGUUGGUGUUUGAUGCGACUCGCUAUGGUUCAGCUUGUGUUGGUCAACCUCAAGUCUUUCUACCCAAUGGCAGGAUACGAUCUAUUAGAUCUGCCUGUGGGCUCUCCUCUUUGUCACGCUGUGCUGAAGACGCUGCAGCGAUGGGAGCAGGUGCUGCAGAAAAGGCUGGAGAUCUUCGGGGGCCCCCCUUCCAAGUACAUCUCCACCCCCCUCCAGGAUGAGACAGCCACCCCGGGCCCCGUGCUGCUCAGACACAAGGCCUUGUUUGAACCAUCCAACACCCCGUUCAGAACUAGCCACCAUUCUGCGCUGCCAGUGAAGCGUCUUUGGCAGUUUCUGGUCAAGCAGGAAGAAGUGCAGGAGACUUUCAUUCGUAACAUUUUUACCAAGAAACGGGGCCUGAAUGAGUCGGGUGAGGACCAGACUGACAAUAUGAAAUGGUCAGGGAUGGAGGAGACAGGAAACAAUCAGACAGAAUCAAAUCUGGGCUCCCCUGGAGGAAAAGCACGCAUCAUCCACAAGGAAUCUGACAUCAUCACAGCCUUUGCCAUCAACAAGGCAAACCGUAAUUGUUUAGUCAUGGCCUCCACCCAUGACAUUCAGGAGUUGGAUGUGUCAUCCAUCUUGGCCACACAGAUUUUGACAUGGAUCGAUGACGAUGAUACAGAAGUCAAAGGUGUUAGUGGUGAUGACUUCCUGGUGGUCCAUGCACGUGAUGACUUUGCCUCCCUGCACGGCACCACGCCGUACACCCACAGCAGCCCCGGUACACCCAUCAACAUGCCGUGGCUGGGAGGAGUGCAGACAGGCCGCGGUGCAGCUGUGAUGAUCAAGAGAAACAUCAACAAUGUUCGAAGAAUGACCUCCCAUCCCACACUGCCUUACUACCUGACGGGGGCCCAGGACGGCAGCGUGAGGAUGUUCGAGUGGGGCCACUCCCAGCAGAUCAUCUGCUUCAGAAGUCCAGGCAACUCCCGAGUCACCAGGAUACGAUUCAACCACCAGGGAAACAAGUUUGGCAUUGUCGACGCCGAUGGAGGUUUGAGCCUGUGGCAGACCAACACCAGUGGGAACGCGCCUAAACCAUACCUGACGCUGCAGUGCCACAACAAGACGGCUCACGACUUUGUCUUUGUGGGCUCCUCCUCCCUCAUUGCCUCUGCAGGUCUUUCCACAGACAACAGGAACGUCUGUCUGUGGGACACACUGGUGACGCCUGCAAACUGCCUUGUACAUGCUUUCUGCUGCCACGAGUCCGGAGCCACGGUGCUCGCGAUGGCGUCCAGGCAGCAGCUGCUGAUCACCGGGGGGAGGAAAGGCUGGAUCAGUGUCCUGGAGCUGGCCCACAAGCACCAGCGUCAGAGCUUCCAGGCCCACGACUCGCCCGUCAAGGCGCUGGCCGUCGACCCGACUGAGGACUGCUUCAUCAGUGGAUCGGCCGAGGGUAACAUCAAGAUCUGGAGUCUGGCCACGCAGUGCGCCCUUUACACCUUCCCCAACGAGCACGCCCGCCAGUCGCUGUUCAGGAACCUGGGCACGGGCGUCAUGCAGAUCGAGGUGGGCCCAACCAAUCACAUCUUCUCCUGCGGCGCCGACGGCACCAUGAAGAUGAGGGUCCUGCCCAACCGCUUCAGCAUCAUCAACAACAACAACAACAACAACCACGGCAACCUCAAGAACAACGUCAAGUUGGUCAUCCAGAAGGACGGGCCGGUCAACGCCAUUAAUCAGGACCAUGUGAAGUAGCCACUGCGGGGGAACCCUGACGUGGAGACGACCGCUAGUGUUAUUGACCGCAGUGAAGAGCGCGUCACGGGAUUCAGACGUUCACAAAGGGAGGCGCGGUGUGGGACAUGAAGCCACCCAGCAGGAGCCUCUACAAGUUGAGGGAGGGGUAAUGGCCGAGGGUACAAGGAGACACAAGUGAGGGCCGGGCACCACACGCAAAGCCUUUUCUUCUUCUCCGGUUUCUUUUCUUUCUUUGUGCACAGGUAGUGAAGCUGAGGAGGAAGUGUCGGGAGGCCGCGAAGAGUCUCGAGCUGCAGGUAUCCCCAUCAUCUAUUAGUUUAUAGCAGAGAAUCAGGGUGCUAAGUCAUUCCUUCGGGGCGGUUGGAACCCGUCUAAACCCACUCAGCACAAUUUUCCUCCCCCCAAUGAGCCAGCCCAGUUUGGGAAGUGUAGUGUAGGCCGAGGAUUUACCGAGGGUCAACUGCCCAUCGUUUCACAUUUUAAAUUGACACCGGUCUUCGGCCUGACUUGAAAGGAGCACAGGAAACUGAUUUUUAAGUACAAAGAAUAAACGCUUGUCUCUGAAUAAUAAAACUAUGCAAAGACGCUUUCUCUGGGAGCGAUGACGCCAAUGGAUUCAUCGAUCUGCUCAUCGGGCGUCAACUCUCCACCAGAAAGUGAAGCAUAUUUCCUUCUUUUUUUUUACUUAAAUGCAACAUUUUUUUGACUUUGCACAUUCACACAAAGCUAAAUGGUGUGUAUUGGUAUGUAAAUAGCUGUACAUGGCUGGAUAUCAGUAAAGCAGUCUAGUAUGAUGUUUGUUUAUCCCGGCCUAGAGUGAACCUGUGCUAUAUUUAUUAUUACAAGUGUCCUUUGACUUCUACCACGAUGGCACAGUGCGAUACUACUGCUGGUCCUGAUAAUAGUAUAAAGUUAAAUUAAAGCACCAAUAAGGCUUCCAUUGGUAUGGGACAGUUUAAUUUUCAGUAUUCAGCUCUAUACUUUAUCAUUUCUCACAAGGAGCAGGUUUGAAAACUGCCUUGUAGGACUCUUCAUUGUAUAAGAAGUCUCCCUUUGUCUCAACCAUAGAAAUGGCUUCACAUUUUCUUUUUUUAAAUGACAUUUCUUUCAAUUUCAUGCAGAUGCUCUCCUUACUUGCUUGGUAUUUGCCAUCUAGGUAAUCGGACGUCUUUGCCAACAAUUAGGAAGAGGUUCAUGCAGAUCGUCCCAUAGAUAUUUAGCCAGAGGGAAUAUAAUCCAACCCAUUUCGCUCUCUCCCCGUAGAUCCUUGUGCUGCUGUAGAGAAACAAAUGUUCAAUAGCUUUGAUUUCAAGGAGGAUAAACUGAGGAAAACCUUUAAGAUGAAGUAGAUUUAUUGCCGUUAUGUAAAUGAAUAGAUCCAUAAGCUAGGCUUCUCCGAAUGAGCACAUUAUCAUUACGCUGAGACGUAUAUAUAUAUAUAUAUAUAUAUAUAUAUAUUACAAAAGCCACUUUAUGAUGAAUAUCUUUCUGUAAAAAUACAGGUGUACAUAUAUGAAAUGUGUUCAUAUUUAGGGUUAUAGACUGUGACCAAAAACAGGCAGACGUAAUGUUAUUUCCUACUUUCUCUCUCAAUGGGUCACCAUCUUCUUUUAUUUCCUGGUUUUGAGCAACGUUGCAAUGUUGUUUCCCCCCCAAAUCAAAGUGGUUGUUAAAUGAUUUACUGCCAUGGGAACCGUAGAUGAAGUACUUUUUAUCAAAGUGAAACUACAUGUACUCUUACCAAAACUGUAGAAUAAAAAUAUUUUUUAAUCAAG